AGUUAUUUCUUUUGCUCUAGAGAAGGCUCGUUAUCUGCAACCUCUGACCCUGGAUGUUGCAGAGCAAUUGUUUUUAUUGCCCAUGGGUAUGGAGAACACUGUCUUCUGUAUUGUCAAUUGGCUCGACUAUUAGCUUUUAACCGCUACUUCGUAAUGACCCAUGACCAUGUUGGUCAUGGCAAUAGUGAUGGAGCUAGAGCUCAAAUUGACACCUUUCAAAAGUAUGUAGACGAUGUGUUUUUUCACAUAGAACGAGUAAAGAUACGAUUUCCGGAUUUGCCUGUUUACAUUUGUGGUCACUCUAUGGGUGGCACUAUUGCGAUUUUAGCUGCAUUGCGAAGUCCAAAUUAUUUCGAUGGAUUGAUAUUGAUUGCCCCUGCUGUCAAAACUAAUCCUGCACUAACCACUCCUUUUAGGGUAAAUCUGGUUAAAUACUUACGUGUUAUCUUCCCUCGAUUUCCUGUGGCGUCUCUGGAUUUGAAUCUCUUAAGCAGGUGUCCAGAGAGGGUUAAGGAAAUGAAAGAUGAUCCGUAUAGAUAUAAAGGAUACUGUAAAGCUGGAUUUGGUGCUUCCUUAAUUGAAGCAAUGGAGGAAAUUGAAGAAAAGGUGUCUAACUUAUCUGUUCCUUUCAUAUUAUUACAAGGAGAAUAUGACAAAAUCUGCAUCCCAGAAGGAGCAGCGUUCUUGAAUAAGAAUGCAGAAUCUAUUGACAAAACUUUAAAGAUAUAUCCUUGUGCUUAUCACAGUCUUCUGUUUGAACCUUAUGGAGUUGCGGAACAAGUCAAAAGCGAUAUAAUAGAGUGGUUGAACAAUCGAGUACGAUCAAAUGUUUCGGAUCAAGACACCAAAGAUCGCUAGAAUCAAGAUUUUUAACUCAUGGUUGCAGAAAUCAACCAAAAACUUAGUCUAAUAUUCUGUGUUCAUUCAUUUAAGUUUCUUCUGUUAUAUAUUUUCAUUAUUUUUUUUAUCAUUUUGUAUAUUUAAAGUAUUUAAAUAAGCAUCCUAAAUGUUUCGUUUGAA